CUCUCUUUCUGCCCUCGAAGCAGCCCCUUGUAGCAUCAUUGGACAGCCCCGCCCUUCCCCGCUUCCUCCCUCCCCGCUGACCCCCGGGACAGACCCCUUUGGGAGGGAGGGGGAUGCUCGAGACCCCGUGGAAGUUGAUCCCCAUCGUGCGGUGUGACUUGGGGGUUUGAGACUCAGAUCCCAUUGCCAUCGAUGAACUUUGACCUUCGGGAAUGACAGUAUGCCACGCAGCUCCAGAUCCAAGCGGAGCAUCGCCGAUACCAUCAGCCUGAGUAGCGCCAUGGAUGAGCUGACCGAUGCAUUGGACGCGGGGCUGGACCUCAACGCGGACGACGCUAGCUCCAUCGGCUCCGACUCGGAGAUCAACGGUGUCACGGCCUCCCGCCAGACGGACAAAUACGGCUUUAUCAGCGGAGCCCACUUCACCGGAGAAAGCGAAGAACUCUCGACUGAAGUCUUGAGGCAGCGUGAAAUGAAAUGGAUCGAAAUGAUGAAAAACUGGGAGAAGUGGAUACUGAAGAAACAUAAAAAGGUCAGGUUACGCUGUCGAAAGGGUAUUCCUGCUUCAGUGCGGUCUGCAGGCUGGCCAACACUCUGUGCAGGAGCAAUCAAAAAGCAGGAGAACAAAGGGGUAUACCAGCAGCUGCACCAGGAGCCGGGUGAGAGACAUUGGUUGGAUGCGAUCGAGAAGGAUCUACACAGACAAUUCCCCUUCCACGAGAUGUUUCUUUCACGCGAAGGGACUGGACAGAAGGAUCUGUACAACAUCCUGAAAGCAUACACUGUUUACAAAUGCGAUGAAGGCUAUUGCCAGGCCCAGGGCCCUGUUGCUGCUGUCCUACUGAUGCAGAUGCCAGCGGAGGAUGCUUUCUGGUGCCUAGUUCAAAUCUGUGAACUCUACGUCCCGGGUUAUUACAGCCAAGGCCUGGAGGCAGUGCAGCUUGAUGGGCAGGUCCUGUUUAGUCUGCUGAGGAAGGUCAGUGCUGUGGCAUACAAACACUUGAAGAAACACCAGGUUGACCCCCUACUCUACAUGACGGAAUGGUUCAUGUGUCUCUUCUCCCGCACUCUGCCCUGGGCUACAGUGUUGCGAGUGUGGGAUAUGUUCUUCAGUGAAGGAGUGAAGGUGAUAUUCCGAGUGGCUCUGGUCCUCCUGAAGGUCAGUCUGGGAACUUCGGAAAAGCUGAAAGACUGUCAGGGUCUGGUGGAAACCCUGGAGAAGCUUCGGAAUAUCCCACCCAGAUUCCUGCAGGAGAACUUCAUCAUCCAGGAGACUGACUGUGACAGGGUUUUUUGUGAAUUUAGAGAGGAUUGUCUCAGGAGUCCCACUCGAUCCACUUUCAGGUUAUAA